UGGUUGCGGGGCUGGUUGCGGGGCUGGUUCCUGGCCGGCCCGGGCUCAGGCGUGACAGAGCUGGGAAGGCCGGGUGCGGGGAGCGAGGGAGCCGGCGUGGGCGGCCUCACAGCCUCUCGGCCGAGCCCGCAGCGCCUUCGGUCGGGCCCGCGGGAGUGUCGGAGGAGCUGGCGUCCUCUUUGCUCGGACAGGGCGUCGCAGAGCCUUCCCCAGCCUCUUGGUGGGCGAGGGGUUCUCCGUCUCACCCCAGCCAGACUGACAGGGGUUGAGGAGGCUUUCGAGCCGGGAAACAGACUCCUGUUUACAGUUGCUGUACCCGGAAAAGAGCUGCAAUUGAUGGGAGUGUCAGCAAGCUCGACAUCCUACAUCAGAACCUGCGGCGCUUAGUUCCGUGCCGGGAGGGGAUUCUUCCCGUUUGGGGAUCGGAGUGUGACCCUGCUUCCAGAGAGCCUGCGGAGUGCCGGGUUGUGCACCCAAGCAGGAAAACGUGUACCUUUCUAGAGCCACGCUCCUGCAGUCUUGAACCCUAAGAAAAGAUGUGGAGUGGGCUGCUACCUCCUGGCCUAAAUGAAAGUGAUGUUGAGUUGGAUUCUGAUGAUGAAGCCGCAUCAGAGAGCUCUGGCCAUAACUUACAGGAAGAUAGAGAAGAUGGGACCGUUACAGAAACGGAGACCUCAGAUACCCCUACCGAUGGACCGAAAGCUGAAGCAGAGGCAAAUGUGAAUGCAUAUGAAGAGUGUCCCUCUGGAAUUCCCCUAAAUAUGUGGAAUAAAUUUCAAGAAUUGCAUAAAAAACGUUCUGAACAGAAAAUCUCAACCUCGGGAUCCAGAAGGAAAAAAAGAAAACGCUCCAGAAAAGGUAAAUUGAAGAAUGAAGAAGAAUCUCGUAGUGAACAGUCCUCAAGUGAAACCCAGUUGAAGGAGCUUACUCAGUAUUUUGGAGUCAAUGAUAGGUUUGACCCCCCUGUGAAAAAGAAAAAAAUCGAAAAGUCUGGCCUUGAAAAGAGCAUAGACCAAGCUGUGGACGAGUGGAACAUUGAGAAGGCUGAGGAACUCAGCAACCAGCUGGCUACUCGAGAGCUUGGUGUAAAAAUUGCCAAAGCGAUUGCCUGCCACAACUUUGUAAAAGCCAAAAAGGAUGCUGAAAAUUCACAAGUUGCUCGAAAAAAGAAGAAACUUGCCUGGGGGUUUGAAGCAAAGAAGAGGUGGGAAACCAAAAGUAACAUGGGAUAUAUGUGACUUGCCAGCCAUCAAGACCUUUGAGGCUUCACUAGAGUCUUCAAUUGCUCGAUUUACUGCGAAGAUUCUCCUGCUUAUGUUAACUAUGUCAGGAAAUCGAUAAAAGUAGGAAAAAUAAGCAUAAAAUUUGGGAGUUGAUUAUCAAA